UAUACCCUUAAAUAUGGCAGCGCCCAGUGAAAACACGGUGGUCGGUCUUGUUUUGAUAAUAAUCUGCAUCUUUUGCGAGAUUACAGCCACUGAUGAUGAAUUUGAAGGGUCUAGAGCGCUUACUGUGGAACAUUCCUUGGAUGCAGAUUCCCAUUCAUCCUAUACUAAGCGAGGUACAAUCUUCGUCCAGUCACUCAAGGGAAAUAAAGCCAAAUUUACCCAGAAUUCUGGUCUGUCAUCUGAUCAAAAGAAAGAAUUGAAAGAUUUAGCCAGUAGUGAUGGUUUAUAUAGAAUUCGUGUUGCCGUCCGAGACAGUGACAAACAAACUCCAGACAAGAAUUAUGUAUCAACAUUCACAAAAGCUUGUUACAUAUAUGAAUCAGCUUUAAAUGACCAGCUCACAGUAAAUUUUGACCCAGCGGGUGAGAUUUUAGGAAUAUCAAUUUCAACAUCGGCCAAUUCAUGUGUUGGUGCUGAAGUGACAAGUGCGAAUCUAUCGAACUGGAAAACAAUGGUAGAAGUCUUUCAAACAGUCUCCGGGCCAACACCAGACACUCAAAGUUACAUUGAUAAAUUGAAGCGAGAAGAUGCUGAGAAAACGAAAGGACAACAAGGAGAUAAUCGGUCGUUUUUUGGAAAAUAUUGGAUGUACAUCGUUCCAUUUGUGAUCAUCAUGAUGGUGAUGUCAUCAGCAGAACCCCAGGCACAGGGCGGAGGUGGUCGUUGAAAUGCCCAGAUCGUCCAGUUUAGUUUCUGCAAGAAGAACGAAAUGUGGAACUUCACUACACUCUCACCUAUUAAAUCUUAAUCAGAUAACCUCUGGAUACAGGUUGAUCAAUAGACAAGUGGUUGUUUUACAAGAUGUUGUUUAUGGCAGGUUGCACCAGUUUCGGGGAAACUAAAAUUAACAAAAGACAAGAUGGCACUGAAGAACAAAAGAUAAAUUCAUUCAAUAAUUCUCAUUCUCAGAAACAAAUAAUGAACAAUUUAAUAUUUUAAUCAAACCUGUUUGCAUUCAUACUUUUUUCUCUUCUUUUUUUUUUGUCAACUUUAACAUUAUGUAGAAAUGUUACUUAUCAUUUGGGUUAUUAUGAUGGUCAUAUAAAGAAAGUGCAACAUUUUUGUUAAGAUUCAAAAUAUACUUCACAUACAAUGUCUGUUUCCAUGUAUAUUGUACAUUCAGGUAACCUUUAACAGGCAGUUUGACCACAGUACCCUGUUACCAUUUUCAACCAGUCAGAGUAACCUGUUGUCAUCUUUGGCCUAUCAAACUGCCCUAUUGUCAUCUUCAACCAAUCAUAAUGUUGUGUAUGACUAUCAUCCUGUUUUACCAGUAGAAUGCAUUCAUUAUCCAUAAAAAACAAAUAUCACAGUUGUAAUUGACAUAACUGUUGGUAAUGUUUUUAUUUCUUUAUAUUGAUUAGAGAAACUUUUAAUGUGAAUAUACGACUGUAUAUGAUUCCAACCUUUGAAGACGUAACCACUCAGCUAUACACAGGCCUCAGACAGGACUCAAUGGCAUCUGGCUCCCUAUUAAUAAACAUAUUUAAGUAAAUCAUAUAAGCAUCCUGUUGACUUAAAGUCCGAAAUUCUUUUUUAAAAACUAUGAUAUAUUACUCUCCUACCUUUAAUUACUGUUAGAUUUUCUUCACUUUUUGUCCAACAUAAAUCGUGAAAAAAAAGCAUUACAGUGACACAGAUUCCACAUACAAGACUAUAACGGUGUCACCGAUAUCUAUCGACUUCGCUGAGAUUGUAUAGGGCAAAAUACGUGCAAUUUUUCAGUCUGCCAUUUUGCUUUUUUGUGGAAUACUCUUCAAGAGUGGUGGAAGCCUACUAACUAUGUGACAUAAUUAAUCUUAUGUCACGAUGAGUGUGUUCUAUCAUAGCACAUGGCAUGACUUUGUUAAAUUACAUCAUAUCGACCCACCCUCUUGAAGAGUAUUCCAUAAACAAGUAAAAUAGCAGAUGGCAGAAACCUUCAUGUAUUCUGCCCAAUGCGAUCUCAUUGAAGUCGAUAUCAGUGACAUUGUUGCAGUCUCAUAUGUAGAAUCUCUUUCACUGUAAUAGUUUUUUCACGAUUUGUGUCUUGACAAUAUUUGGGGGAAAUCUAACAGUAAGUAAAGGUAAGAAAGUAAUUUAUCGUACUUGUUAAAAAUUAUUUGGUUCAGACUUUAAGUAUGUUUAUGAAGCCUGAAGAAUAAAAUUAAAAUGUUCAGGUCUUAUUAAAAUGUAUACACAUUUUUAUGGGUGCAAUAUAUAGUUUGUUUCAUCCCUUCUAAAAUGUAAGUAUGUGUCGUUCCAGUAUAAACAGAAUCAUAGUACAUGUAUAUGGUAAAAACAAUUAGUUAGAAUCCUUCAUUGAAAAUUGUCCAUUGUAAUCGAGUCUGUGUAUUUGUUUUGUUAUUCUAUGACAAACUGGUGUUUGAAUGUAAGAGCUAUGAAUGUAUACUGUAGUAUUGGCAACAUUGUGUGUACAUUACAUUGUUGUAUAAUGUGAAUUAUGUAUAAUUUAUUUCUGAAUUAAUAAAUUUAUGUAACUAUG